AUGAGAAAUAGGGCUAUUAUUGCCCCAUUUUGGGCGCCAGUGGACGAUUAUGUGGCAUUUAAAGUUAAUCAUUCGAGGGUUUAUUACCAAGUUUACUCACACACGAAACCGAAAGGCAAUCGAACCAAUCAUAUUCUCAAUAUGGCUUCCCAACACGUACAAAUCUACGAUAGAAGUGGAAAGUUUGACAACUUCUCAGCAACGUGGGUUCUUGUUGUGACUUGGAAAGAUCUAUGUCCGUUCUUCUACUAUGGCUCGCGUACAUAUUCUUACGACAACGAAGAGGUUGCUAGUUUACCUCGGCUGCAGUGUCGUUGGGUAAGUUUUUUUAGGAUUCGCCACUGUCGCCUAAUUUUUAAGUGCGUACAGGCGUAAAUUCACUUGCGUAAAUGAAAUAGAGGUGAUGUAUGAAGCUAAAUGCGUAAACUUAAAAGUUGAGCGAGGUAGUUACGCUUACGAGUGACACCUCUCUGCAUACAUUGCUUGUAUUUAAUUUACGGGCGUAAAAUUUACGUGCGUACGCGCGUAAGAAAAACGCGAAAGUGGAAAUCCACCCUUAAGGUUUAAUAAAAUUUAAAGGGAAAACAAUUAAUAGUUAAACUAGGACCGCUUAAUCCGAUUAGUUGGUAGACAGUAGCUCUUGACGACCAACGAGUGCACGAGAAUUUGCCUAAAAUUAUGUUGAAAUGUUAUUUCUAUCACUAUAAUUACUAACACGACAUAACUUUUAUUGGCAGAACAACACUUUUCAAGCUGUCAUCAUUACCGAUGGGUUUAACUCAUUUCUGAUGUACAAUUAUCCAAAAGGAGGCAUACAGUGGGUUAUUAAUGCGCCUGUGUAAGUUUUCAACUAUUAGUGAUCCAGUGUUAUCGCAGACAUCCUUGGGGCCGCCCGCUUGUGUCCUUAAUGGCAAGAAUCCGUAUUAGUGGUGUACAAAAAAAAAUUCCUUAAAAGAUUGGUUUUAGAGGAGUAACGUUUAUUUACAUUAACAAUAAUUUCGAUGGAGGAUACUCAAUCGGGGAAUAGUAAAUCCAACCUUAAAAGAGAGUAAAUAAUGUGACGUAGCCCUGUAGCUAAUCGUACUUUGCGGACCUCUCAGGAAACAGGCUUCAGACCUUAAAUUAAAAUUCAUAUUUCCCAAUGCCUUGCAUUGGGCUCCCUCUAGGUCCCAUUAAUCCUCUCUUGUCAAAAUAAGACCAUUAUAUUAUAAGCUGCUCAUUCUUAGAAAAUGUUUUUUUUCCUCAUUAUCGUUUUGUUAAAUGGCCUUCCAAGUCUUCAUCUAGCGGAUGAAGCUCAUAACAAAAACUUGAAAGUAAUGUCAACAUACUGCCCCCCUCUAGAACAUUUUGUCAAUACAAACAGAUUGUAAUAUAAAACGCUUCUCUUUUGUAGGAGCAACUACCGUUACUGGACACAAGCAACUGAUAUUCCUGUUGCUGGAUGGAACGCGGGAGAUAAUGGAAAUAGCAGUGCAUUAAAUAUAAAAGGGUAAGAAAAGAAACUUAACCUUAAUAGAGCUUUUUACCGAUACGGCGGCCAUAUCGAAUUUACUAGAUUUUAAGAGUAUCAUGGGAUGCCCAGGGGGCACUCCCUCAGUAUUUACGCGCGCUUUUCGGGCAAAAAGAGAACCUCACUGUAUAUUUCUAGGGAAAAAGGCCCUCAUUUUUACAUCCAAACACGGCACAACGAUCUUUUUUUCCCUAUUACAAUCUUUUUCAAGGAAAACUUCAAGAAAAAUUGGCCCGAAAAGGACGCGUAAAUACUGAGCGAGUACAUCGGAUUGUGGUCAUGCCCCCCUGGGCAUCUGAUAAUACUCCUUAAAUUUGAUUAAAUCAAUAUGGCCGCCGUAUCGGUAAAAAGGUCUAUUCAGCUGCACCAGCUACACAAAGGAUUAACUUCUCAGGGGUCCUCGUUAAGUUUUGGGGUAGACAGCGAGGAUGUAAACGUGAGCGGCUUGCCAGUCGAUGGCUGAGGGCAAUUUCAGGCUCUCAUUUGCUGUCUCACCCUACCAUACCUUAAAAUAUGAAGUAGCCUGGUUUUUUUAGCCCGUUGCCGGUAGUUAAUGAGAAUCCUGUUGGCUUCUCUCAGUCACUAACGAAAUAACGAUAAAGGCGGAUUUCUCGAUUUCUCUUCACGUUCAGUUAAGAGUUUUGUUUUGUGUACAUUUGUUCCAAAUUGCCAAACUUUUCAACCACUUUUCAGCAGUCCUAAAAUGAUGGAAUAAUAUGAUUAUCAAUUCUUUAAAAUGACGAGAAAAUUUAUUUUCCCCAGAAUGUAAUAACCCCCUUUUAACCCUAGUGGGUAGUUAUACGGCAUGUUCCCGGAGACAAACACAAGACACAAACUCCGUUUUGGGUUUUCUCGUUCAUUUGGUUCCAUUUUACCCAAUCAAUGCACCCCGAAAAACAACCACACUGGUGUUCCAGACUGUGAGUAAGUCAUUUGACAAUGAUUCCGAUUUGUUCCCCUAACUUUUAAAAUGGGAACUUUGACGCUAUUAUCCUGAGAAAACAGCCUACAUUACGCCACCACUAGUUUUUCCAUGCGAAAUGACGUCUGAGAAGCGAGCACAGACAUUCCAUAAUGAUGACGCGUCACUACCUGGAUGUUGGUAGUGCCUGCUAAUUGGUCGUGCCGUGUGGGAAAUUGUCUUCAACCAAUCAGUGGCGUCGCACAUUUUGGGCUGUUUUAUCAGGCUAUAAUAAAGGCUCUAUUCAUAAGUAAUAGCAUAAGUAAUCCAGUUAAGAUUAUUCAUUGGUUUGAACGUUUGUUUCAGCUCAGGAACGCUGGUGGCCAUGUACAACCUCGACAAGAAAGCUGGAAAUACAGGUCUGGCUGGAAGGUAUCUUUGGAGGAUCGAGAACAGAAAUAGGCGAGACGCAAAGGACAAGUGCUUUACAUGGAUCAGUCUUCAACAGCAAGCAAACAUUCUUAACCUGUACAGUUUCCGAAUUCAACUAAACCCAGCUAUGGCUUGCCCUUGCAGUUUGAGUCAGGCCUUACUGGACAGACGAUUUAUCCCAGACUGGUGGUUCACUGGACGCGAUGGGUGCUUUAUAACCAGGCGUCCUGUAUUGUUCGAUGAAGAGCGGAAGACUGUGAUGAGACAGAGGUGUUGCUACUCGAUAGAGUUUGGAUCUCUGUUGAUUGGACCUCCCAAUGGAGGUCGUUUAUAUCUUACCCCCUUUGAGCAUCGGUGGAAUGCACAGAAGGUUUUCUAUGACUCUGACCAGCAGGCGUAUGAGUUUUGCUGUUUCGGCUCUGCUUUGUGCUAUCUGUUUUACUCCUAUCGUCCAUCUGAUGACUGUGCGGAGUACAGAGUUCCCCGAAGACGUAAGUGUUCGCCAGAAUCUCCACUUGAGCGUUAAUUACUGCUGUUUCCGAUCACGGUUUUGACAUGUCUCCAAAUGAUGUUCUGAAUGUUGGCGUUUAUAGAUUUUAAAAAAAUAUAGACCUGUUUCAAAUUUAAGACUUAAAACAGGUUCCUAAAUAGAGAGGGCCUUUCUGGCAAAUUCUAGCCUAACAGGGUCUUAAAAACCAGGUCCUUAGUCGCGAGGUUUUUUUUGUGUAUUUGCUAUAUUCUCAGGGUGUUUACAAUUAUCAGGCCGUUUAAAGGCCAGACGUCUACACUUAAAAUUAAAUUACCUCAUCAUUAUCCACAAUGGACUUGAGCAAAACGUGGCUAUAAAAUGAUCUUAAAAUUCAAAACGGUGUGAAAAAUCUAACUAGCUUUAAUCUAUCAACGUAGGUAGAUGAUCUAUUGACUGAUUUAGAACAAGCCAUGAUCAAAACGAGUCUACUUAGGUGUAUCCUGGUGAAUACAGACACAGCAACACAUCCACACCCUAGAACUUCCCCCUCCCCCACCCUCCGCCUUGUGCUUUACGCUAAUGUAAGUGCCGUUGCGUUUUUCCAUUGCUAUGUUGUCAGCAACGUCGUUAGUGGUACGGUUUGAUAUUGUAUAGGUUUGAUAUUAAGUGGUAUGAUCGAUGCUGCAUCGUUUAUAAUGAUCCUCAAAUUUUUAUAUGAUAUACCAAGUUGUCUUUUGUUUUGUUAACAAAGGUUGGGGUUGGGGAGAUCCUCAUUUUGUCACACUGGACGGUGCGAAUUAUACAUUUAACGGCCUUGGCGAGUACGUGAUGAUUGACGCCCAAAAUGGAACCUUUCAACUACAGGCUAGGACAAGCCCUGCCCAAGGAAAUUCCACGACUGCAACAAUUUUUACUGCUCUGGCGGCUAAAGAGAGCAAUACUGCCACUGUUGAAGUCAGAGUAAGAGAGGGAGGUAAGAAGUCAGAGAAAGUGGAAUUAAUCUUUUAGGACUAGGUUUCUUCAGAGAGGGAUUGGACAAAGGAUAUAGUCUCAUCACAAAUUAAUGGAUUAUGAUAAAGAGUUUAGUUACCGUCCAUUUUCAGAGCCUUCAAGAUUAAGUCCAUCCGAUCUUAAGCGAAAUCAAUUCUUUUACAAAGAUGGUAACAAUUCAGCAUCCUAAGUGGCCAGUUUAGAUUAUGUUUGACUUCUUUUCGUCCAGCAUGAAACUUCAUGUACCAGAAGGCUACCGUUGUUGCCAUUUUUCUAUACCCAAUUAAAAGCCACGCUCUUUAAGGCGGCACAAACCUAUACAGCUAAUGCUAGGGAGUACCCAACUUCUGGCUGACAUGAAGGGUCGUUUUAAUUGCAAGGUGUUGUCGCAGCGAUAUGUAACAGCAAUAAAGUCAAGCGCAUUACUCUUACUAACCUUCGCGGCGAGAGCAAGCUCUCCUUGUGGGGACGGUGAGAGGGGGCACUUCACUUAUAGGUGCUCCAAGCGUUCAGGUAUACAAGAAUUGCGCAAAGAGAAGUUAGCAGGAAUCACAGUGAGCGGAAAGCGAGGGCGUGGGAGAGUCACGGCUCUUCUCUCUCCCUCGCCCUUUCUUCCGAUGUUUCCUCUCCGCUCUCCAUUUCACGCCCCUCUUUCGUAUGGACACCUUACAGACCAAUCUCCAUCAAAAGUGCUUGCCCUAUAGAUUGUCAAAGGAAUUGACUAAAAACGGUAUGAAUCAACUCUAGGUGUACGUUUUAGGAAAGUGUCCACCCAGUGGAGAUUUUACGGUUCCCGGUUUUCGGGGAACAAUGUCACGCUGUGCAUGGUGAGAGCACUUGCCUCCCACCAAUGUUUCCUGGGUUCAAAUCCCGGCGUCGACGCCAGAUAUUUAGGUUAAGUUUGUUGUUGGUUCUCUCCAUUGCUCUGAGAGGUUUUACUCCGGGUACUUAGGGUUUUCCCCUCUCUUAAAAAACCAGCAUUUCCAAACUCCAUUUCCACCAUGCAGGAAUGGUACAAUACGAAGGACCACCAUGUAGAUGCGCUUCCUCCGAAUCAUUAUCUUAAGUAUUUAUUUCUUUGAUUAUACAGAAAGAUACAAUUUUCCUUUCUUGGACUCGUUUUCAGGUGGAAUCGAAGUUUUGAUUGACAGGAAGACGUACGGUGGCUACAACAACCUGACAAAUCAAAGUGUAGAGCUGAUUGACGAAAAUCUUUCAAUCUCAAAACCAGAGGAAAGCUGCCUCGAGGUAUAUUUCCCAUCAACAACAUCCGCGCAAUUUUGCGCGAACAAGGAAAUGCUUUCCUUUGUUGUAGCCCCAGCGGAAAUUUACAAAAACGCAACGAAGGGGUUGCUGGGAACUUGGAAUGAUGACCCAAGUGAUGAAUUCACACUGCCUAAUGGAACGGUGUUAGCAUCAUCUUCAUCUCUGAGAGAUAUUCACUUUGGUUUUGGUGUUACAUGUAAGUGUGAGUUGCAAUGCAGUCUUACUUGAUUAUGAAAGCGACAGAUUUUACACAAUGAAAAGAGAAGACGGAUAGUCGCACCUGCCACUCGCGUUUAGAAUCUUCACAGACAGUAACCCUUGGCUGCUAAGAGUGGUGGCCUAAGUCAAAAUACGACAAAUUUCCAAAUUUGAUUUUGUAAAACGCCAAAAAAGAAAUAGUAAUAUGUGAAAGUAAUGCCAAUGAAGUUUCAUUUGAAUUGUCACACCACAGGAUUUCGUCGACAGACUCAAAAGUUACGACCACAUUAAAAGACUCCAGCCUUUAGUACUCCGGCAAUGAAAGGGUUAGCAUCGCGACUUCAGUUAGUCAAUAACAUCAAAUCAGAGUUCAACUGACGAUCAAUUAACGAUAAAAAACUCGCUUUCCUUCUGAAAAAUACUACCACACAGGAUGUCAAAACUUCAGUUACUCAAUCAACAACAGUCCUUUUCGACUUCGAGUCUGCACUUACCUGGACGAUUAUAUUCAACUUACUCAUGGUUCCUGAGUUCAAACCAUGUACAAUACAGUUAUAUUGCUAAACACUGUAGAUUACGUAGAUUACGUCCGUACUUAUGUAAUUAUGCUAUUGCACUACAGUACCACUGAAUUGGAGGCCCAUUAAGACGCCUAACUAUCCAAACUAAGUCAAGCAGCCUUAAACUUUUACAACAAUAGCUUUUUUUCUUGUAAGUGGAGCAGUUAUAUAAGGUAUCCCAAAUAGACCUCGUGUAGUUCUGAUUGCUUUAGUGUCAAAUGUGGCAGGAACUAACACAGGACCAUCGCGUAAGCAGAGUUCUGGUUGCUAACGAACGUGUCGCAAUAUUUUAGGGCAACUCACACAAGUCCAAUCUCUGUUCACUUAUGGUGAAAAUGAAAGCGUGGACACUUUUGCAAGACCUGACUUUCUGCCCAUGUUUUCCGACAAUAUCACUUGGUCUGACAACAGUGUAAGAUUAGCUGCUGAAGCGCAGUGUGGGAACGAUUACGAGUGUUUAUUUGACGUAGCCUCCACAAAUGACCUGUCCAUUGGUAUCGCAACCAAAGACAUAAGUGCUCAGUUGGUCAACGAAUCAAACAUUCUUGGUAAGUUGUGUACAUGGCUAAUAUUUCAAGAAAGGGGAUAAACAUAUACAGUGAAACCUCCAUUAAGCCAACCCCCAACUAAGUGGACACCCUCUAUUAAGCGGACACUAAGCCAGGUCCCGAAGGUGUCUGCUUAAUAAAGGCAGUUGUUAACACCAGCGUGUGCCUCACCCUUUGGCGGGGAUUAUCGGUAUUUGAAAAAUAUGGUUAAAAAUUAGUGGCCUCGUCCUUACAAACGAAAACCAGCUUAAGCCAGCUUAUUUAUCUGCUGCCUUAAUAUAUUAUUUUGAAUUCGAUGUUGAUAAUUUUUUAUAUUUUACGUGACACGUAUUAUAAUCAUUUCCCUCCUUAAUUCCAAGACACACCACCUACACCGCCCUGACUGGGACAGCGGAACAUUUCACCAAAUUUGGGAGGGGAGAGCGGAAUUAAUGAAGAAAGUGACUUGCAAUGGGGAGGCUCAGUAAUUCUUUAUGUCUUGAGGAAAAAGGGGGACUAGUCCCCCAGCAACCCCUUAGGCUUCGCCAAUCCUGCCUGGAGGACUGGGUCAUGUAGCAGCUGCUCGGAAGAGAAGUCACCAAUGGUGCGUUUCCCCAGCCCCAAACAAUACUGAAACAAUUGGAAGAAUGACAUGUCAUUGUUUCCUGUGACCAAUUAGGAGAGACCUUAAGAGCAGCUCCCACACUGCUUGAAGGAUUAACCCAUGGCCAGGAGGCUCACCGGCUUUCCAUAGAAAAGGCUUUGUUGGAUUAAUUUAGGUUUCUAGGAAACUCACCACCUACCCCCUCCUUAAGCCAACAUUUCGCCCUAAGUGAAAAGUAAGUGUUAAUGCUAGCUUAGGGGAGGGGUAGGUGGGUAGUUUCCCAGAAACCUAAAUUGAACUGCUACGUUCACACUAUACCGGGUAGCUUUUGCACCAGCACGUAGGGCUCCUGUUCACACAUAAGAACGGUGAUUUUGGCGCGAUUUCUGCAACGGAGCGAAGUUGCGCCCCGCCUAUCUCUUAAGUGGAGUGUCACGUAUCACUCUGGUAUUGUGUGAACAUAGCCUAAGAUACGUUAACGGUUUAGUUUGAAUGACUUCAUUUUUUUAAAUUUUUUUUAAAGAGAACUUUCCGCCCAAGUUAAUAAAUCUACCAAGUGCAUUGAAUGUUACACUUCACGAAACACUUCAGUUGGAGAUUACUGCUGAAGAUGACGGCAUGAUAACCUUUGUGGUACUAAAUAAACAUCAUGGGGCCACAAAAAACCAAACUGGAAAUGUUCUUCAAUUUAUGUGGCCCGUUAAUUCAACAAAAAGGGUAGGCGGCCUUGCUAAGUGAUUUAUGAUUAUUUAAAUUAACGCAUGGAAAAAGGGUUAUAGACAGUAGACGUCGGCAUUGGGCAAUGCAGCCAACGGCAAGCACACCAAAUAGCCCCAAAUGAUAUGGAAAACGCAAGAAAAGGGAUCGGCACCUCGAGUUUAGCUGCACCUGUCACGCUGAGGUCAUGCAGAGGAGAAACCAUUUUGGGACCUAUUUGUGUUCCAGUGCUUCCAGCCGUGAGGUAGAGGGGGGAGGAGGGCUCAAACAAAGUUGCCACAGGUAACGGUAACACAGUUAAAACCUUGCGACAAGACGAGGAAUGCGCGCUGCGCAUGCCGAGAGUAGAAAUUCGCAGACUUGCUCAAUUACCCAGUUAACUAUGAUGUGCGCGGUAACUCUCUUUUCAAGUUCAUCCAUCUUGACAUUUUAAGUGUUUGCACGAGAUUAUAAACCUUAUCUAUAUCAAUCGUAUAUAUACAUCAAUCGUUUUAAGAAGUGUUUACACGAGAUUAUAAACCUUAUCUAUAUCAAUCUCUUUAUUCUUAUAUUGUUACGUUCUUUUAGGGAAGCUAGAUCAGAACACCGGUGUUUGGGGUAGAAGUCCCAUAUUUACCACUUUUUAAUUACACUGUAGCUUCAGAAUUUCUCUAAUUCCUGAGCUCCGAGGCAUUUUUAAAAAUUAUAAACGAACGCGCGUAUCAUGUGGUCAUUAUUUUUAAGGAGGGCAAGGAGUGCGUUCUCUAUUUAAUGGGCCUUUUCAUUGUUUUAGAACCAGCAUAUCAUUAUUGUGUUCAAUGAAAUAGAUUAGUUGGUAAUGUUUCAUAAUGACCCUUUGUUCCCCUUAGUGACCUGCUCUUUCAUUUAUUGACAUUAUCAGGAACAGUGGAGGAUCUAGGGGAGGGGUCCCCGCCUUAUUUUUAGACCAAACUUCUGGAUUCGCCAGUGUAACUGAAGGUGUUGUUUUCAGGUUAAUAUAUCGUUUGUAGCGACUGAUGACAAAGGAGCAAGUACCAUCUGGACCCCUACAAUAAACAUGUGCGCCUGCCAACAUGGUGGUCAGUGUGUCCCACCAGAGGAAGGUGACGUACUCAACACUGACAGCAAAUUUGUGUAUUCAGGGUGUGCAUGUCAGGACGGUUACUCAGGAAGGUUCUGCGAUAGUAACCUUGAUGCCUGCGAGGUGAGUGGUCAGCCGUGUUACGCAGGUGUUGAAUGCGUUGACCUGCCGCCGCCAGCUAAUGCUACUGGAUACACAUGUGGACCCUGUCCAACCGGUUUUACCGGAAACGGUGCUCAGUGUGCGGGUAGGUGGAAUUGAGGUACAUUUGUGUAUUACUAAGUUCAACUUACACAGAAAACCAUCAUCGUCAUCAUCAUCAUCAUCGUCGUCGUCGACAUCAUCAUCACCAUUUAAGAAGAAGUUGUCCUUCGGGAUGGUAUUUUUCUUACCUAAAUCAGUCAAGAGGAGGAUAUGCCUAAAUUUAUCACGGCUUCAACAAACUGAAAACGCAUGUCCUUUAACCAUCCUUCGAGCAAACGUUCAGCUCAGAAGACGGGUUAAUUACGGGAGGGCUAGAGACAGGGCUCUCUUCUCGGGGCCCCCCGCCAGUCUGGUCGAGAAUUUGCUGUUCAACCUCGUCCCCAGGGCUUUUCGCUUAAAAAAUCAUUGCAAAUUAAUAACGUUCAAUGUUUUUCAUGUUAAAUUAUCUAGAUAUAGAUGAAUGUGAUAGCGGUCAAUCAAACAACUGCGAGCAAAUCUGCACCAAUCUACCGGGGUCGUUCUUCUGUGAUUGUCGUGAAGGCUUUAAGCUUAAUGCUGAUACACGCAGUUGUGACGGUAAGAUGUAAUUUCUUGGUGUUAUCACAGCUCAUAGGAAAUGCUAACUGAUACACAGGGAACCGGACAUCCACCCAUUUCCACUCUUAACAUCAAGUACCCAUAGAAACAUCAUCACCGCGCGGUGAUUAUAACAUUAAAGGCUAGCAUUUUCAAAAUGACAGCCAGAUUUCUUGAUGUUUCGGAGUCGGAAAUUGAUCAAUUUAAAAGAAAAUGCUGUUCCUCAAAAAACAAAAGACGCUACAAAAUUUGGAACGACAGUUCAAAGCCCCAAAAUCAUUCAAAAAUGUGUCUCUUUUUCAUUUUAUUUUCUCGAAUAAUCAUCAAUGUAAUUAUACUAAAACAAUUCGUCGCCUGAGGCGACGUAAAUAUCGGCGAAUAGUCACCGAGACGAUUCGCCGAUUGUUAAAUACUAUAUGGCUACAAUUAGUAAGCCAAUGAUCCUCUUUUGAAAAAAUAAAUGAAGUCUAAAACAUGAACUGGCAUUCACUACGAAUUUCCAUUUUAAUUCAAUACCACAGAGCAUGUUAUGGGUCACAUUGUUCACAACUUUCCGUCAAUAGGACGCUAAGUUCUUUAACCUCAGUGAACAACGUAACCUGCGAUCAGACGUUCCUCGCCCGUUCGGCGAGUUCUCUUUUUGACUAUAAUAUAAUGAAUCGUUUAUUUUGGCCAACCUUGUUCGGUGAAGGUGGCCUUAUAUUUCUGGGAAACUGCCCACCUACAUGUACCCCUCCCUUAAACCGACAUUUUGCCCUAAGUAAGUGUUAAUGUCGGCUUAGGGGAUGGGGUAGGUGGGCAGUUUCCCAGAAACUUAUUAUGAUCCGAUAUUAUUUGGUGUCAUUCUUUUUUGCGUUGAUAUCAACCUCGACUUUGCCUCGGUUCAUAAAAAAAGGGAAAAAGAACUUGGCCAAUAUCAGGCAGCCUUUUUGACCCCAAGCUUGGUCACGUUUUCCCUGCAGAUAUCAAUGAAUGUCAACCAACGAGUGACUGCAUGCAGCAAUGUACCAACACUCAGGGCAGCUACACCUGUUCAUGCAACGAGUAUUUCACACAAGAUCCUAACAACUGGAAAAAUUGCACGGGUAACUUCAUUUUUUUAUUCAAUUACUGAAGAAAACAAAGUCGUUUUAAUAUUUGACGAUUUUCAAAACUGAUGUUCAGACGGAAAAACUUCAAUACCAGGUUCCAUGAAAAUAUUAACAUUCAGGCAAAAUGGUUUAAAAUCCCUAAACAUAUCCAGAUGAUUUUUUUAUACUUCGUAUAUCGUUCACCCACCCUUUCAAACUGUGUAGUUUUAUGUUUACGCACAAGUUUCCACCCAGGUUGUUUGUGUAAUUGGUAAGCACCCAUGCAUUUAUCAGCUGACUAAUGUGUAUUGUUCUCGUAGCUACAAACCCUUGUUCUGCUGAUCAUGGAUGCUCACAGGUUUGCUUCAAAGGAGCGGGUAACCAGCCAGCAUGUGCUUGUUUCACAGGCUACGAACUGCAGUCUGAUGGAAAGACAUGCAAAGGUGAAUUUUUGCUCUUUUUUUUGUUUGUUUUUUGUUUUUGUUUUUUUGUUUUUCUCUUAACUCCCUGCACGUAAUUGGCCCAUAACUCCAAAUGAAGUGUCUGAAGUCAAAACUUAAAGUCUGUUUUCAAAAAGACAACAAUUUCUCUUCUCUUUCCUGAGUGUGAGGAUGGUGUUUGAAACCAAACGUGUCUUAAAUCUAACCACAAUGAUGCAUUCCACUUUGACAAGGGGUCCGUCACUGAGCUUGUAUUGAAAAACUCUAAAUUUAAUUUUGUAAGAUCGAAAAUGUUUCACUGAAAUACUGAAAUGUUAUAGGACUAUAGGGACAGCUCGGCCGGUCAGUCCUUUUUACAGAGUAUAAAGAAAAGAGGACCUACAAUAGUACCUUGAGGAAUUCGAAAUCCGAAAUGUUAGAACUGGUUUACUUGACAAACUAAAGAGUUAGUAUACGGUGACUGCCUUUAUUCAUAAAUUCCUUCCGCGACUACGUAAAACGUAUGUAUACAUGUAUGUCUAACACGAGGUAGUGUUCCAUGACAAGACAACAAGCUAAAAAACACUGAGACUGAGAGAGUUGAAAGUUAUGACACGCAGCGAAGUAUUCAGUAUUGACCACUACAGAAAAUACCAUAACGCUCUUUUUUUGUCAACCCAAAAUUUUGCUUAAGCAUUGUCUUCAGUUUCUCUUGGGAGUUAAAAUGGCCCCAAGAGAAACUGAAAACAAGGCUUAUGUAAAAUUUUUGGGUGACAAAGAAAGAGCAUUAUGGUAUGUUAUUGUAUCUUCUAUAGUGAUUGAUAUUUUUCAUCUUGGGCCUGCAUUUCCGUUCGCCAGCUGAGCUAAACAAAACUCCCUCGCUUGAUGAUCACAAGAUACAACAAAGUGUUAUUCAUGAUUAUUAUUGUUUAAUGUACUCAUCCCGAUAAUAUUUAUAACCAUUCUUUUACACCUUCAUCUUUUCAGAUAUCAAUGAAUGUGAUCCGGCAAUGCCUCUCCAUCGCUGCUUACAGCUUUGUGAAAAUACCCCUGGGAGUUUUAACUGCUCUUGCAUUACGGGAUUCCAGUUGACCAAAGAUGGAUACGGAUGUGAAGGUUUAUAAACUACAACUACCAAUCAUAGAAUCUGAUUCAGCUUAACUAUAAAUUUCUUCCGCACACCCGUACCGCUGAUCACAAAAUUGACAAGCUUAUAUGUGACGUCAUGAGACAUAAAUUCAGGAAAAACAGAAAUUUAUGAAUGCCUAUCCCUUUCUAAGAGUCGCCAGUGUUGCUGAAUCUCACUGCGACGCACCUCAAUGGUAUGUUUUACCUUUAAAAAAAAAUAGAACGAAACCAUAUGGACGAAGGGAAAAUCUUCCAAAUUUCGUAUAAAUUUUUCUUCUUUUACUUGCUAUGGUUCCUAAUUAAGGCCCGUAAAAUUUUUGCUUGAAAACCCGAAACAAAUACAUUUUUGUGAGUGGCUAGAAAGAAACGUAUACAGUAAAAAUCCACGUCUAAGAACCUAAAAGUUAAGAACCUGUUAGCCUAAAAUUUUCAUUUCAAACCCCCUUUUCAUAAGAACCUAUUUAGCCUAAAAUUUCCAAUAGGUGCUUAGUUUACAAAAAUGAAGGCAGAGAAGAAAAUACAGCCAGAAAAAAAAUUAAGUCUCGGUUUCAGUCAGUAAGAUUCAAAAUGUAACACAGCUUUUUAAGGAUACUGCAGCGUGAAAGACAUGCAUGCUAGUACUUUGGAAAGAUAAAAUUCCUGCAUGGUUGUCAUCUAAACUGUAUUCUAUAUAAUUAUUUAAUACAGCAACAUAUUCCAUAUCACAUGUGCAUGCACUGUAGUGGUUAUCUGUGCUGAUCGCUGGUGCCCCUAUCAAAUUAAGAACCUAUUUAAGAACCUAAGUAGCCUAAAAUCCUACUGAAUACCAUUUCUAUAAGAACCUAUUUAGGCUAACUUGGAAAAAUCUAGGUUGUUAAACGUGGGUUUUUACUGUGUUUGUAUACCAUCAAAGGUUGUGAUAUUUUAUUGUAAAUCGCUCAAUUCGCUUUGUUAUUUUAUAGACGUUAACGAGUGCUUGUUUGAGGAGUUAUACACCUGUGUUGACGAGUUUCAAAGGUGCGUUAACACUCUGGGCUCAUACAAGUGUGAAUGUGACCAAGGACUGUAUUUCAUUGACGGAGAAUGCAGAGGUAAGAAAAAUUUCACUCCACUUCGCAUUUAUUUUCGUUUUUCAUUUUAUUUCUGGCUUGAGUGGCCGGGCAGGUGACCACGUCGGACGCCAAUCUCUCGAUGGCUUCCAAUGUAACCUCUUACAGUGUUUAUAAAGGUAGUUUCAAAAAAGGGAAGGGUUUUUUUUUGACUUUACAACGCCCACUUUUGUGAUUGGCUAAAAGACUUCAUGCCACUUGCGUUCUCAACCAAUCACAAAAGCAUCACCAAUCAUGACAUUCUCAGUCACGUGCCACUCGAAUGCACCUUCUUGCCUUUAGCACUCAUUACAUACCCAACACUAUUCAAUGGUUAAUAUGAUUCUCUGCGCGUAAUGUUUAUCGGCGAUAGGUCUGGAAUCUACAAAGAACUCUAAGAAAUUUGCUUGUGGUAAUAAAAUUCAAAGGACACUUUACUGUUUUGUUGUUUUAGGUUUAAAUAGAAACGAAACCGCUCCAACUCCUACUAUUCCUCCGGCACGUGUUCCGUCAGCAGAGGAAGAGAGAGAAGCUGUAAAAUUCUCAAUUCCACUUACUACAGACCAAGUAAGUGAGUGAAAAAUUAAGGUUCUCCAGCCCUCCAACAAACCGCCUUAUCCCUGAUCACGUGUAAAUUUGUAAACGUGACGUGUUUAAGUAGCCAGGGAAAACAGUUGACAUUUCUCGACGCCACCAAUGGUUUCCCCGCGAAAUGACGUCUGAGGAACUGGAGCAGAAAUUCCAUACUGAUGACGUGUAACUGCCCUGGUCUGGGUAGUGUUUCUGAUUGGUUUAAAAUUUAUUUCUGUUUGAAAACGAUGUCAUAAUUAUACAGCAGACGUCGGCCAGUUACUGUGUAAUACUCUAGCAAAUGUGCAAGACACAAAUGAGCCAGUUACGAUUGGUUUUUCUCCUUGUUUAACUCUUAAGCCCAGAAACUCAUAAGGGGUUGAACUCUUAUGAGUUUCUGUGAAGCCUCGACAGCUCUACACAUUUCCUUAAAAACGUUAGUCGAGAUAACUUUUUUUGAUAAUAAAAAGCAUUUCUCUCAGGUGAUCAUUUCAUUCGUUUAUCUAUUCUCAUAGCCUUUUCUCUUGAUAGUGUAUAAGCAUCCUUUGAAAUAAAUUGAUGUUGGUCAGUCAAGUUUGGGAGUUCAAAGGUGAAUAAUUGAUCAUAAGACGGACAACGUAGCAACACAAACUACUCCUGAAAGCCGCUCUUUAUCUACUCGAUAAUAGUGGAACCGAGCAAAUCAGUUAUUGUUUGUCAAGCAAUCACGAUUUUUAGAGAUGAGAAACAGUUUAGUUUUGGAGAAGAAUAUAUAUCUAAGAAAAAGAGGACACUACACCAUUUCCAUUUAUGUUUUACUUGGUUAAUUACCUAAAGCUUACAACUGACGGCUUCAUUUUUUUACUUUUGUUAAUUAUUCGACAGUAUGAAUGGGAUUUCCAAACCGACAAGUCUUUCAAGGAAAAAAUUGCUUCUGUUACGACCAGCUACUGUACUAGGAACAGAAGAAAAUGUGCGCUGAAGGAGGCAAAACGAAAAAGGUAGUUAUCAAAUGCGACGCAGUAAAUGAGUUUUUCUAACGUAUUUACACAAACUCCUCCUCUAUAAAAAGUCAGCAAAGAUUUCCCUGAAGUAGAAUAGUGUAGCAUAUUCUUGCAAAUGCUUUCAUUUUUAAUUUAAUAGUUCACGUUGACUUCCCUAAAUGGAUCAUGGUCUCGAAGAUAUAUGAACCUUUGGAUUGGACUAUAACUACGAGGUUAAUAAUUGAACUAUGAGUUUUUAACCUAAGUUCCUGUCUCUUUUUUAAGAUAAUAUCUUGUUACACUGAUCUUACAUCUUCAGUAAUAUUCUUUCUUUUUGUUGGGAAACAAACAGGAAAGUGUUCUUAGAAAAAACUGGCGGGAAAUUUCGAAAGUUGAUAUGUGUUUUCGACCUCCUACCUAUAGUCAGGGGCAGGAGCUCCUAUGAGCUCUUGUGAAGGUCGCUAUUGGGGACUAUUUAUAUUGAACAAUUACCUACUCUUUUGCAUGACCAGACGCGCCCUCCCUUUCGACUUCUAUACCGCUGACCAAGUCAACCUUUUGCCUGGUUACCCAAGCAACGCGUCUGGCUCCCUCCAGGUGGCUUUUUACGUCUUACAGCCUCUUGGUCUUUUCAUCGGUAAUACCUCCGUGUUACCUCGAGACACGCUCGUCGACAUUGUUAAAACACACGAAUCCGAGAUCGAGGCAACCAUCGGCGCCAACAUUUCACGCGUGGAAACUUUGUUUCAACCUCCUUCGACACCAACAACAAAACAAACGACAACAAUGAUACCGACGGAAGUAAAAGAGAGCGAUGAAGCGGGCAAGUGGAUUGCAAUUGGUGUCGGAAUUGGAGUGUUUGUUACCAUUUUGAUUUUGCUGCUAAUUUUAUGGUAA